UUUCCUCCCAUAAAAGGCUUUAAUCUUGUUUCAUACAAAAUUGAAGGUGCAGAUGCAUUUAAUAAUAGGAGUUUACUUUAUUUCUUCCCUUUAAAGGUUGCUAAACUGGAUGACUCAAAGGGAAUUGCACAUAUUUACUUGUUUACUCCCAAGAACUUCCCAGACCCUGAUCGGAGCAUCAAUCGGCAGAUCACUAAUGAGGACUUGUGGAAGCAUCAGAAAGAUGUCUUCUUGAGUGUUGCACCCAGUGGAGCUGGUCCUAUAAAAGGGAAAAGUGAUACUAUCCUUGCUCCAGAAUUACUUGGCCUAGGCCUCAAGAAAAGCCUCAUGGGGUCGAUCAAGCUUGCUCCAGAUCCCAGCAGUGUGGUGCCUACUGUUGAUAUGCCACUUCUUCUACCCUUACCGAAACCCGGUGAGCACAUGGAUGUCUAUGUUUCAGUGGCCUGCCACCCUGGUCACUUUGUCGUCCAGCCUUGGCAAGAGAUCCACAACCUAGAAGUCCUCAUGGAAGAAAUGAUUCUGUACUACAGCAUGGCAGAGGAGAGAUCCAUUGCCGUUAAGAAGAACAAUCUGUAUGCUGCUAAAGUAGAAAAUAAGUGGCACAGGGUGUUAAUAAAAGGAAUUCUGACAAAUGGGUUGGUAUCAGUAUAUGAGUUGGACUAUGGUAAACAUGAGCUUGUCAGCAUCAGAAAAAUACAGCCUCUAAUGGACAUGUUCAGAAAACUACCAUUUCAAGCUAUAACCGCUCAGCUUGCAGGUAGGUCACAAGUAUUUGUAAUUUUGUUGGAUAAAAUUUUCUAAACAAUAGAAGGGCAUCAAGUGGGUAAGAAUAUUUGGCGUAUAAAGCUAUGAGGAUAGUGGCAUAGUGUACACUUAAAUUUUAUAGUAAGCAUUUUGCAAAUUUACAAAAUAAUGAAUAGAUUAGAAUUGUUUUCAUUG